AUGCUCUCCUGCGAUUAUCCCGGCUGCACCGCGCAGUACCGACGAAAGGAGCACCUGACGCGCCACGCAAAGAAGCACGACGACAGCUCCCAACUCGCCUGCGAGCACUGCGACAAAACAUUCGAGCGCUCAGACACACUCCGUCGGCACCAGCAGUUACACCUACGCGAGGAAGCGGAUAGCACGCCUCGCGCUGCGAAAGCUUGUGAUCGCUGCCACGCCAAUAAGACCCGGUGUGACGGGCGGCAGCCUUGCGAUGUCUGUUCCCGGCGCGGGCUGUGCUGUACGUUUGACAGGCGCUCGAAAAGGCCGUCCAAGGGACCGCCUGCGAUGGAAAUUGGCAUUGCGGGCAGUAGUAGCUCUGUGAGCGAGUCGCAGGGCUCGUCGUACGGGGAUUCGUUGCCGUUUGUGGAUUUCGAUAGUCCCGGAGCGAUGUCGCUACCCGACCACAGCGCUAUCCAGCAAUCCAUCAUCCGGCAGCAUGAGGAAGAGCUCCGCCAAAAUCGCAUCCUGGUCCCUGGGUCGGCGGCCAAAACAAGUGUGAAUAGACAUGCAGAGAACUCCUCUUCUGACCUGGAUAUCGACUACAAUGUCGAGGUGUAUUUUGCCCAUUUUCAUGCGCAAUGGCCGUUUCUACACAAGCCAUCGUUUAUGCGGUCCAAAGACUCCGGACCAAAAGUGCUGCUUCUUACAGUUGUCAUGAUCGGGCUCUGGGUGACGGGCGAUUCAUCAUCGCGGGAACGAGCAGAGACGAUGCACGGCAAAUUGGUGGCGCUUCUGGAAAGUCGAAUAGGCGACUGGAAAUCGCAAAAAGAAUUCAAAGACAAAGUCUGGCCCCUGGCGACAUUCCAAGCAAUCCUCCUCAACAUCAUAUUCGCCGCAAUCCGCGAAGCAACCUCCAACCUCCAAGAACGCUGCUCAUCCCUCCUCCGCGCCCUAACAACAACCUGCAUCGCGGGCGGCCUCUUCAGCCACGAGCGCAUGCGCGCCCAAAUCCACCCCAGCGACUCGAUGCUCUUCGCAUGGACAUACAUCGAGGAAACACAGCGGCUCGCGCUGGCACUAUUCAAGGUGAACACGCUUUUCCGAACGGGGAUGUUACGGGUCGAGGAUUUGGAGUUUCCGCUACCCGAGAACGGAUAUCUAUGGGAUGCACCGGAGACGAGGGACUUUUAUGGUCGGUAUCAUGCGCAGUUGGAGUCUGGGGCGUAUGCGCGUGAUCCGCCGCUUAUUUGUGAUAUCUUUCGGGAUGUUAAGAAUUGGGAGAGGGGAUUGGGAGAGUUGUUGGAGGUUGAUUGCUGGUUGGGGUUUCUUGCUAGUUCGUGA